AUAACUAGUUAAGAAGGCAGUUUGUAACUCUGGAAAAAGAGUGCAGAGCUUGAGACACAUUACGCAGAGGACGUGGACGAACCGGCGCAAACACAGAGAGCUGAGCCGCCUUGGCAGUGUGGGGCUGUUAGACACUGCAGCGUCCGGAAACAAAGUGACUUGAAACAGAAGGACAAUGGUGCAGCACACGGACAACAGCGAGACGGAUGGGAGCAUGUCCAGGGAGGCUACCGAUUCGGAGGAGAGUGAAUUUAUGGCAUGCAGCCCCGUGGCGAUAAACCCGGACUGGUGCAAGACAGCCACCGGCCACAUCAAGAGACCCAUGAAUGCAUUUAUGGUCUGGUCCAAAAUCGAGAGGAGAAAGAUCAUGGAGCAGUCGCCGGACAUGCACAACGCAGAGAUUUCCAAGCGCCUGGGGAAGAGGUGGAAGAUGCUCAAGGACAGCGAAAAGAUCCCGUUUAUCCGAGAAGCCGAGAGGCUGCGGCUAAAACACAUGGCUGACUACCCGACUACAAGUAGGCAGACCCAAGAAAAACCAAAGCUCGACAGUUCAAAAUCAUCAGCACCGUCUCCGGAGAAGUGCGCGAAAAUUGCAAAGACUCCCAGCAAGAAGUGUUCAAAGAUAAAAGACUAAGGCGGCUCCAAGUCUCUCACGGCUACGGGGGAGGACUGUGUGUUUCCCAGCUUAAAAGUUUACAAAGACUGUGAAAGUGAGCUCACUGACGAGGACGAUUGACGACGAGUACGAAGAGGACUACCGAUGGGGAUUAAGCCCGGAGACGAGGAGCGCCUGAGGCGUACA